AUGCAACCAGAUUUAUCACCACAUCUUCAUACUGAUGAAUAUGAAUGGGUUUGGAAGUGUACUAAACAGGAACGUAUUUGGAGAAGAGACACAAAUCCAAGUUAUGGUAAAAGAACUUAUGAAUCAAAACGAUUGCCUAUUGAAUAUUGGACACCAACAUUACAUAAAUUGAAAUCUGAAGGAAAAAUAAAUAUAGAUGAAUCAAAUGGUUGUAAAAUAUAA